CGUUUCUCUGACGCGAUUCGGACGUACCUAUUCGCGAAACCUUUGACACAUACAAGGACCUCAUCCUGCUCGUAGUGAUCUCAAGGUGUUUUAGGAAUUUCUCUUUCGACGCAUUAUGGAACCCUCGGCUAUUGACGAAGCUGAGUCUACUGACGCUGAGGUACCGCAGACGGAGAUGAACAACAACAUAGGAAAUACAUCGUCUAACUCAUCUAAUCUCACUCUCCUAAGAAGGAGAUCCAAUUCCGCGGUGAUUGAUUCUAUCGGCUUGAAAAAAUACUUAAAGGUUUUUACAUACCGACGCCGGAGCAAAUCUCUAACUUCUACAGAUUACUAUACACAAUCAGCUUCUCAUUGUAUGGAUACUUCGUGUAUUCCGGGAACAUCCCGAGAUAAUCAUACAAUAAGAACAAUAAGCGAUCAUGCAACGAAUAAUAAGCGAGAAGGUGAACAAUCCAACAAGAGGGCGAAAUCACCUCUAUCGACAAUCGAUGCUAUCGGCACCAUCGAACAAAAGCCAUUGAUAAACAGCCCUUCAGAACUUACUGCAUUAAUGCCAGUUGAAAAGGAUGCAGAUUGCUAUAACAUGAAUCACAAUAAUCGCGGUAAGUGCAUAAUCUUCAAUCACGAAGAUUUCUCUCUGUCUACACAAAUGAAACGAGAGGGUUCCGCAAAGGAUGCAGAAAGAUUACAAAAAACUUUUGGAGACCUCGGAUUUGACGUUGAACUUCACAAUGACUUUAAAUUCUCCGAAAUACAAAAGGUGCUGAAGAGAGUGAGUCAGCUCGACCAUACGGAUAAUGAUUGCCUCUGUGUCAUUACAUUAACCCAUGGUGUGAAGAAGGACAUAAUAUGCGCGAACGAUGUCAUGUACGAAUCCAAUGAGCUUUGGAAGCCUUUUGCUGCUGACAAAUGUUUGACGCUUGCAGGCAAACCUAAGCUGUUUUUUAUCCAAGCUUGUAGAGGCGAUGAAUCCGAUGAUGGUAUUCAACUGAUAGCCCCUCGAUCUUUAAAAGGAACGGAAACUGAUAGCGCUUAUACAAGUUAUUCUAUUCCAAUUCACGCGGAUUUUCUGUUAGCUCACAGCUCAAUUGAAGGUUUUUAUACCUGGAGGAGUCCCUAUGAAGGAACAUGGUAUAUACAGUCCUUAUGCGACAUCUUAGACGAACAUGGAACAACAAUGGAUUUGAUGAAAAUGUUGACUUUAACAGCGCGAAAGGUUGCCACAGAAUUUUCCUCCUCCAAUCCCGAGUAUAGAACUUUACACAACAAGAGACAGGUGCCAUCAGUAACGACGAUGCUGAUCAGAUCUGUUUAUUUUCCACCAAAAUUGAAGAAAUAAUUUUGCAGAGAAAUUGCAAGAAAUUUUCAAAAA